ACAUCCGAACCGACACAACAGUCCCGGAAAGUAUUGCGCCUAGACUUUUUCGUUUGCGGUUUCCUGGCGCAGUGCACUUUGGCAGACAGUCUCUCUAUGAGCACUGAAUUUGGAACAGUUGUGGGAAUUACAGGACCGGUGUGGUAUGCGAUAGCAGCACAGAUGCCAGUAAUACUCUUCACAAUUAUGCUGAUUCGUUUCCGUAUGAUAGCGCCCGGUGCUCGAACAUUUCUCCAUGUCGUCAAUGCCCGAUUUGGGCGCACUGCUCACAUUCUCCUCUGUGUUCUAUCUCUCAGUAAUAAUAUCUCGUUUGUCGUUAGAGUUAUCGGCAUGGGGAAUAAGAUCUUCACAGCCAUCUCCUCCGGUGUUACUUUCAAUCUCGUGUGGAUUGUCAACAUAACCAUCGCCGCCAUCUUUGUGGGCUGCGCCAAGCUACGACAAGCUUUCCUUGUCUCCGCCUUCGGAGCUGUCUUCAUUCUGAUUUCAACUCUCGUCUUUUUCGUCGGAUGCGCCCAAAGAAUAAAUUGGCACAACUUUAAAAUCUCGCUCUUGAGUUAUCAUAUGUUUCGAUUUUCAGUGAAUACGUACAUAUUUAUGGAUCAGUCGGUGUGGCAAUCGUGCUCUUACGCUGAGCCUGGAGAAGAGAGCCUUGGUGUGAUGAUUUCGUCGAUUCUCUGGAUGGCUAUUCCCUAUGCGUUUGGAACAGCUUGUAGUGCUGGGUUCAUUUCCUUGGUGUCUCAGAAGGAACUGAACGAAAUGACUCCAAACGAAAUUGCUGGUAAGUGGUUAGCAAUAUUUAAGGUUGCAAAAUCGAUUUCAAUCACUGAAAAUCUAGUGGUCAAAGUUUCGGACUUUUCCAAUUCGAUAGGCUCAAUAUUGACAACCACUCUUGGCCCCCUUGUUUACACCUUUUUUUGGGAUGGUAUGACUUCGAAUGGAAUUGUUAUUGGAACUCUUCUGAGUACGUCAAUAAUAGCAUUCAUGUGGCACAUGCUUAAUCUUCUGGAAAUCAUUAAAGUGGGCAAAGAUUUAUCUGAUGUCAUUCUCUAUGCCAUUGCGAUAAUUCUGGGAUUUGUUCUACCUCCUCUGGUUGUCUUUAUAGAAAAAAUGUGGAAGAGGAUCCAUGGUAAGACCUGGUUGAGUCCACUACAUUCUUCAUGGGCUAGAGUCUACGAAAUGGACAACCCGUUAGAUCCGUGCGCAUUCGAUUACGCUAAAUCAUUUUCUUUGGCCAACUUUGAUAUGCAGAGUUACAAUCGGCCAUCAUUUCAAGAGGUUAAGAGGGCUUAUCGCUUCUCCUGGUACUUUGCUCUCGCUGGUCCCUUCCUCUUCUGCUUCUUUUUUGUCGGUGUCAUGCCCAUGAUGUUUAGCAUCGUCAAUAGUAUGGACCUUGUUACCUUUAAGGCCUGGGUAAGUUAUACAAAUAGACCCGUCAUAAAUCAGAUCACCCAUGGGGGGGUUUCUAGCGUUUAA